AAUUGUACUGUUCUGCAGCUGCAGUGCAGUGGCUGUAGGUAGAGUCGAUCAGUGGCAGGCUGGCAGCCUGUUGAUCAUCGAUCAGGAACUAGAAAGGAUUAUAGGUGAAAAAAAUUACGGAGAAAGAUGAGCUCCAGGAUAGCUGAUAGAGCUUCAGUUUUUGCUGUACUGCUCAUCGUAGCGUCAGCGCUUUCAGUUUUGGCUACAGGAGGAAGGGAGCUGGCGGCGCAAGAAAAGAUUGAAAAGGGGCACCCUACUGGUGCAUACGGAGAUCAUGGAGCGACAUCGUCAGCAAGGAACCUUAUGGUUAAGACGAACGACUAUGGGCGCUACGACCCAAGUCCAGCCUUCUCCAAGCCUCGGUUCAAGCUUAUUCCCAACUGAGAACUGACUUCGUUUUGCUUAUGAUGUUCAACCAACCACAGCUCAACUAAUUAACACAAUAUCGUUAGAAGAAGAGCAACGCUAUUUGUUUCUCAAAAAUUAAGUGUACUAGUACUAUAUACGUUGAUAUUAGCUAGAGAAUCGUACUAGAUGGUUUUGGUGCAUCCGCCGAGCCCUCAAUGUUGUUGUACAAGCAAUAUUUCCGUAUAAAUGUAAAGUAUAUAAAUCAUCA